AUGCCCCCCAUCUAUGGCUCUGUUGUCCUGGACUCAGCCUUCGAAUGGUAUCUAAGGCAAUCCAAAGCCCAGCUACAGCCUCCUAUCUUGUUACAGGAUCAUUAUGCGAAAGAGAAUCCUGAGAUAGUUCUCGAGGAACGCCGUGCUGGCCGUCCAUCUUUUGCUGUCCAGGCUACGGCUGUCGAAAGCAAGGGAUACUGCUGGACCUCGACGUCGGACUCCUCGGAGGCGAGAUGGAAGAAAGUCUCUCCCAAUAUCCGGACUUCCAUACUAGAUGUAGAGGAGGACAUGGAUGAUGGUUUUCUCUUAGCGUACUUCAGAAACCUCAUCUACCGUUUCGGCGCGGGGCUAUAUAAGGAGACAGAGUGA